GCCAGUAUGUCAGUUUGCUUGUCAUGGACGCGUCUUUUAGGUUCCUCAUGUUGACCUUGGAUAUAAAACAUAGUACUGCCUGAAGCUGGAACUGCAAUGACGACAGUCUGUAUCAGGAGCACUUUUAGAAAGUGAUUGAAAGCAAUGGUCCUCUAUCACCCAAUUCAUGUGUAUAUGCAAGAGCGAGUAGCAGCUGCGCUAAGGAUCGGUUUGGGCAGAGUGAAAUUUCCCUAUUUAUUUAUUUAUAUACAGUUUGGGGUGUUAACAGCGUUGAUCAUGAGCGAUGUGAGCACCAUAUCGGUUUUCCUGUUGACUAGAUCAGCUAUCAGCCCGUUCCACUUGCCAUUUUCGUUGGUGCCCCAUCUGCCAUCUUCUACUCGCACCAGUUCGUAGGUGAAGCCGAGUUCUUGUUCGAACUUUUGGAGCAGGUCUAUGCAGAAACCUGUGCAGCACUGAUAGUAGGUACCGUUUCGGUGCG